CCAGGAAACUGUUUUGGCUUUAAGAAAACUUCUCAAAAUCUCAAAUUUUAGGCUGUUAACAUGACCAAUCGUCGCAGUGGUGAAAACUCUGGUAGUCCAACAAUGAAUGAUCAUGAAAAUGUGGAGGAUAUUGUGCAAGAAUAUGAUGCACUGAACAACACACUUGACAUGCUGGACGGGUGUCUGGAUCAACUGGAGCACAGGAACGACUCACUGUUUGCUAAAUUGGAGGAUUUACUUCAGUCAAGUAAGGAGACAAGGGAAGAAUUAGCAAGUGCGGCUGAGAGUGUCAGAGAGGACCUUGCACAGGGGGACGAGGAUGAUGUAGAAAAGUCCAAAGAUGGGGACGAGGAUGUGAAUCAGGCUGGGCCACAUGGGACAGACGUCAAGCAUUCAAAAUCUCACGAUAAGGAAGGAAGUUGAUGAGGAAGCCGUGUCGUAAUCUCAUUUCAAAAUAAGUGUUUAUCGGUGUUGCAGGUCAUUCUAGUCCAACUGUGUGUUGGGGACAGGGUGUCCAAUGGAUUCAUGUGCUUUGUUCAUUCUCAUCUCAAUGUGACUAAAACACAGAAGAAACAAUUGUAAGAAUGGAUUAUUUUCCAGUCAAACUGACAUUGCUAGUUUGCCCUGUGGUCCACUGUGAUAUAGACAGACUGAAUGAAGCUGGAUCAGUGAAAUGAUUGUGAAAAUAAUCUCAGAUGGUGUUUGUGUUCGACCUGUGCUAUGCAUGUUACCUUUAAGAGCAUCAAAAGACUACAAAAGCUAACAUAAUUUUCAAUUUCAAACCGAGAAACAUCAACCAUGAAUAGAGGCUAUUUGUUUUCAUUGAGAAAGACUGUAAAUCAUAGCAGAAGCCAUCAGGACCAUCUCUAGAUAACAUGCAACACAGGUCCUGCAAUCUUAACGGUCCUGGACAGCUCCUGUGUGAGUUUACAGCAUUUGUCAGGUUUGAAAACCAAAAAUCCAUAUCUGUGAUAGCACUUUAUUUCCAUUACCAUUCCAUUUCUCAUAGAUCAUAAGUGUUUAUUCCAAUAGGAAAUUCUCCCAAUGCGGUCGGUCUUUAGAUAUUUUUUGAAUGUUUUCAAUGCAAAAAAGUCAUGAGGGAGUUUUGAAAUUAACGGUACAGCUAUACAAAGUUAUGUCAACAUUGUCACCAAAUUAAUCUUUUGAACAACAGUGUGGUCACUUGUGCAUCUGGAGCAAAACAAUGUGCAUGAUCACAACAUUGUGCCAGCAGUGAAUUUAACCGCAGUUUCCUGAUGUAUCAAUGGUGAUGGCCCCUGGGAGAUUUAACACUCGUGACUCUUUCUAAUUAUUACAUCAACCUCUAUUUACAUCUUGUCAUACCCAUGGAGUAAGUUCACCGGGAAGCCAGAUUUUAUCUAAUAAAAGCAUGAUCAGUGUAUCUCAUGGAUAU